UGAAUCACAGGACAGAUCUAAUUCUGGACAACCAGGAAGUCCAAGCCACAAUGAUCCUGCCAAGAAUCCACCAGUGUAUCUUGAGGACAGUUUUGUAAAAUCUGGAGUGUUCAACGUGUCAGAACUUGUGAGAGUGUCCAGAACACCUAUAACCCAAGGAACUGGAGUGAACUUCCCAAUUGGAGAACUUCCGAGCCAACCGUAUUACCAUGAUAUGAAUUCUGGUAUAAAUCUGCAGAGGUCUUUAUCCUCUCCACCAAGCAGCAAAAGACCGAAAACCAUCUCCAUAGAUGAGAAUAUGGAGCCAAGCCCGACAGGAGACUUUUAUCCUUCUCCAAAUUCACCAGCUGCGGGAAGUCGGACAUGGCAUGAAAGAGAUCAAGAUAUGUCUUCUCCUACAAUGAAGAAACCUGAAAAGCCUUUGUUUAGUCCUACUUCUCCCCAGGAUUCUUCACCAAGACUGAGCACUUUUCCCCAGCAUCACCACCCAGGAAUCCCAGGAGUUGCACAGAGUGGUGAGGACUACAGAGUCAUCUCAACUAGAACUCCACCUUCACCUUCACCAUUGCCAUUUCCAGCACAAGCUAUUCUCCCUCCUGCCCCGUCUAGUUACUUCUCUCAUCCAACGAUCAGAUAUCCUCCCCACCUGAAUCCUCAGGAUACUCUGAAGAAUUAUGUACCUUCUUACGACCCGUCCAGUCCGCAGACUAGCCAGCCUAACAGCAGUGGUCAAGUAGUAGGGAAAGUGCCUGGCCAUUUUACUCCAGUUUUGGCACCCUCUCCCCAUCACAGUGCGGUGCGACCUGUGACCCUGAACAUGACAGAUACUAAGCCCAUCACUACAUCCACUGAAGGUGAGGCAUCUUCACCUACAGCAACCACCUACACAGCUUCAGGCACAUCCCAAGCCAAUCGAUAUGUGGGACUAAGCCCAAGAGACCCAUCCUUCCUACACCAGCAACAGCUGAGGAUUUGUGACUGGACCAUGAAUCAAAACGGCAGGCAUUUAUACCCCAGUGCCAGUGAGGAUACAUUGGGAAUUACUUGGCAAAGUCCUGGUACCUGGGCUAGCUUGGUUCCUUUUCAAGUAUCAAACAGGACACCGAUCCUGCCGACAAAUGUCCCAAAUUAUGGUUUGAACAUAAUUGGAGAGCCUUUCCUUCAAGCAGAAACCAGCAACUGAGGGAAAAAAUAAAAAGAAAAAUUAGGAAAAAGAAAAAAAAGGAAGGAAGAUGGGAUGAGAGAAGAAACUGAAGAACGAAGAAAAAAUAGACCAGCAAUUGCAGCACUUACAAUCACUAAUUUCCUUAUGGUCGAAACUGAAAUGACAUACAAAGGGUCGAUGAUAUUUCACUGAUGGGUAGAACGCAGCUCCUGCUAAGUAGCCUUUGUUAUAUGAAGUCCGCUGGGAAAUAGAUGUUCUGUCUCUGACAAUAUAUUUUAACUGACUUCUAGAUGCCUUAAUAUUUGCAUGAUAAGCUAGUUUUAUUGGUUUAGUAUUCUUGUUGUUUACGCAUGGGAUCACUAUUCCUGGUUAUCUCACAAAACAAAGGCUAGGCAGCAGCAGCAGAUUUGCAGGAGGACAAGGGCUGUAAGCCAGCCGUUUUCUCAACACUCUGACUUCUAAAUGUUAAAAAAAAAAAAAAAAAAAAAAAAAAAAAGCUCUGUAGCCUUUAGUUAUCAGUAUGGAUUUAUUAAACUUUGGCCCUUGACUCAGCCUUUUCUAGUGUGUUACCCAGCUUGAAAUUUUCACUCAGAAUGAACACACAUGCUCUAUGUAAGAAAUGCCUCUAUGUAGGUGAAGUGUUAUCUUUUCAUGCAACAGUAAAAAGAAAAAGAAAAAGAAAAAAAAAAAAAAAACAACAACCCAGAAACUUUUUACCCACUAAAGAAACACUUAGAGAGGCAAGUGCAAUUUAAAAGUUGUAUCAAAGGGGUCAUCAUUAUAAGUCCUUCAGCCCUUGGACUCUAAAUUGAGGGGAUUAAAAAAGGAAUUAAAAUUUACUUUGAACAAAUUUAUUUUUCCCCUCAGUUUUUGAGGGCAUUAAAAGGCAUUACAUCGAGACAAAUCAUGUCCUUGAGAAAAAUAAAUCAAUGAAAACACAGCACUUAUGUUGGUUUAGCUGCUGCCUCCACAAAGGGGUAGAAUUUAUUUAUUUAAAGUUACUGGUUGCAUCAAAAACCCAUAGGGUUUAUAUUUUUCUGUAUAAUCUGCAUCAUAGAGACAAAGAGAUAGGCAAAUCCAUGCCAAAAGGGCAAAGCUUACUGUUUACAAACUGGUAAUACCAGGAUGGGGAUAAGAUUUAUUUAAAUAAUGCACUCUCUAAGUCUAAUUACAGGGUGCUGAAAACUUGCAUGGUGCUUUCAGAAGUUAGCCUUGUUCAACAGAUUUCACAUAUUGACAGAAAUAUAAUGUGCAUGGGCAGACAUUUUGCCUCUAUGUCUCUCAAAAAAUAGUUAAAGUACUCUUUCCAGUAAUCCUGAUUUGCACGAAAAUAUAAUGUCCACAUUACGUGCCUUGCCUUGAAAUCUAAAAAAUGAAAAAAAAAAAAACAAAAAAAUUCAAAAAAUCCACAAAAACAAAAAAAAAAAUUUGACAU